AGAGUGUGCUCUCCACACGUUCAAAAUAAAUACACUUCUUCUGUUCUUCAUUUUUCUCGUUAUAUGAUUUAUAUCUUUCUUUAUUAUUUUGACAUCCUUCAAAAUAAAACAAACAGUUUUUAAUUCCUUUCAAUUUUACUUAAAAAAUGGCUUCUUCUCUUAACAUAUUAAGUAAUGUUAAUGGGUUUGGGUGCACGAAACCAUCAGUUGGUUCACAACAGAGAAGAAGGAUGGUUGUGGUAAGGGCAGAAACAAUUAACCCAGAAAUCAGGAAAACUGAAGAGAAAGUUGUUGAUUCUGUUGUUGUUACCGAGCUCUCCAAAAAUAUCACCCCCUAUUGCAGGUGUUGGAGAUCAGGGACAUUUCCUUUGUGUGAUGGGAGUCAUAUGAAGCACAACAAAGCUACUGGUGACAACGUUGGACCUUUGUUAUUAAAGAAGCAGUAAUUCUGAUUCAUAUCGAUCUAAGCUACUUUCCUUCAUUUUUUUUUUGUUGCUUUUCUUCUUGUUUGGAUUUUGAUUAUUGUCACCUAGCAACUUAUGCCUAGAGUUAUCUGCUCUUUGAGUACUUGAAAUGCCGUAUUUUGACAGUGCAUGCUAAUGACUGUAAUGAGUUGUGAUCCUGUGAUCAACUGUUUGAAAAAAAUGUUAUUACUUGUUGUUGCUUC